AUUUCCGAAUCUUUCCGUGAAUCUUACUUUGGUUCCUCCAACUAGCAUUGGAGCAGGGAAUACGGUGUGUGGAAUGUGUACCAUUCAAAACGACUUGGAAAGCACAACCGGUAAUGGAGUGAACGAGAAGGACGCAAUCCGACCGCUAUCGAACACAGGAGUCAAACAAAAGCGCUCUUACAGGUGCACAACAAUAUUUGUGUUAACAGUUAUUGUACUGAUCGCCGUCGGUAUUGGGACGAUUCAUUACUGCGAAGAAUGGCUCGACAUAAGCCCGUCGGACAGUUCGGUUAGAACUUCCAGUCCGGAUGCUUCCGAAACUAGUACCGAUUCGUCUAAAUUGGAAGAUGAAAUUAGCAAAGCCAACGAAAUGUUAGAACCUCUUCUAGUAGAUCCCUAUGAUCUGGACACGACUACAGCAGCGUGGGAUAUACCGAACAAAAAUAAUGAAUCUCUGAUCUAUAUAGAUAUCGAUGAAACGGAGGAUGAUGUAACAAUUUCAACGGUUGAUGUUGAUGAUGAUGAUGAUGAUGAUGAUGAGUUUGAUGGAAGUGCCGAUGGCAGUGGAUCUGGAAGUGAAGAAGGUUCCGGAGAAUAUUAGUAGAUGAAACAGUAUUCGCCAUUGCAGAAGUAAUGUUUUCAUCGUGAGCUGUUGUGUCCUUUAGCUAAGUUUGAAUUUGGUGGAUUAAGCGAUUUGUGUUAGUGUAUGUGCCAUACCGUAAUUAAAUUAUAUUGUUUAGAAUUUUGACAUGCAGAAAUGUGAAAUUGCAUUCUAUGAAAAGCUAUCACCAAACCCGUAAUGAAACUAUAAAUAAUAACAUGAUAAUCUGUAGAGCACUUUACGUCGUCAAAAAUGGUCCGAAAUAUUAACGAUUGUGUUAGUAGUGGUCAAACUUCGUCCCCUUGUUUAUUUAUUGAAGCACAUUCCAAUCCAAAUACAGAGAUAUCUCGCUAUAAGACAAUAUACACGGAAAGAAAUCUGAUUCCGAUACCAUGAAUAAAGUCAUGAAAUCAUGAAGCUUGAAUUGCUGUCAAAUCAUGGCGUGAGAAUUUCGUAAUAUCAUGAUUAUUAUUCAUGGUGUAUUUUCAUAAAACAUAAGCUAGAAACCUGAAAUCAUGAGUCAUUUUGCUCAUUUUGGAGAAUAAAU